CAUACCGCACACAGGAGGCAGGAAUGGCGGCGUGUCUGUCAACACGGACAACAGACAAAUCAUGUUUUCUCUCCUUUUAAAACUGGGCUACAUCGAUUUGUGGGUGUACGCGAAAAUCUGUCUAUCAGCACUAGCAUUAGCUAGCAUGCUAAUGCCACACUAGUGCCAGCCGACAGCGGGAGCGACAAUGAACCGCUCAAGGAGGAGGCGCAGUUCUGCGUGGGACUGCUUUGAGCAAACGGGGAACUACGUGCGCUGCAUGAAAUGUGACACGAUGCUCAAGUAUUGCGGAGGUGCCACCAGCACCAUGAUCAACCACAUGAGUAAGUACCACCCGACCACGACGCCCGUGGAGGAGGACGAGAAGCCGGUGGUGUGCCCCGUGCAGUGCCUGGAGGAGGACAGCAAGUCCGACGUCACGCAGGUCGCCGUCCCGUCCCCAAACGUACACGCGACCACCGGCACCGCUGAGCGCGAGUACGUGGAGCGGAAGCGCCUGAAGCGGAGCUCUGUGUGGGACAUCUUCGUCAAGGUGGACGACGAGGUCCACUGCCGCAUGUGCGACACGCGGCUGAAGUACCGGAGCAGCACCACCAGCAUGAUGUACCACAUCAGGAACAAGCACGCAGACGCGAUGCCGAGCGACGGCGUGUCGGUGGCGGCGCACGCAGAGGUGACGGAGCUCCUCUCCAGGAUGAUCGAGAAGGACCUGCUCCCCCUGAGCGCGGUCAAUGGGGAGGGCCUGCGCGAGUUGCUCGCCUACACUGUGCAUAACUAUAAAAUGCCGUCCGUUUGCGACAUCACGCGCCUCAUAGAGGCGCAUUUCCAGGAGAAGGUGGAGGCGCUGGAAGGACACCUGGGGAAAGUGGAGAAGCUGGCUCUCUCUGCUGAUCUCUGGGCAGCCCACCCUCUGGAAAGGUACAUCACAGUUUCCUGCUCCUUCAUAACCGAGGACUGGCAGGGGAGGUCAGCUGUGCUGCAGACACACAAGCUAGGGUCAGGCAGCCACACAGCUGCAGGUGGUGUCACAGAGAAGCUCCUCAGCACCGUGCAGAACUGGGGUAUUGCUGGGAAAGUGGCUGCGUGCGUUCAUAAUGACACACUGGGUGUCUUGUCAGCCCACGAGUGUGCACAAGUCACCUGGGACUACGCCACUUGCUUCGCCACUACGUUGCAACAGGCCGUCGGCGACGGGCUGAGCGAGGAUCUCAUCAGCAUCAUCGCUGCCGCAGGGAGGCUGGUGAAGCGCUUCACACACAACCUGCAGGCGAGUCAGGCCCUGGAGCAGAAGCAGGUCCAGAUGUGCCUGCCGACGCGCAAGCUGAUUCAGUCGAGCAAAGCUAGAUGGGACACCGUGUGCGACAUGUUCGAGUGCUUGCUCGAGCAGCGGUGGGCGAUUAAGGCCGUGCUCUCUGACCGCACAGUGACCAACAGGCAGGAAGCCCAGGCCCUCGAGAUCGAAGACGACUGUUGGCAGAUAGUUGAGAAUUUCACGCCGGUCCUGGCAACGCUGAAAUGGGCGGCGACGGUCAUGUCUGCGGAAACGGAGGUUUCCAUUUCGAACAUCUACCCAAUCACGUUCAGCCUCAUUCAGACACACCUUGUGCCAAAGGAGAAUGAUGUGGAGCAGGUGUCUGAGUUCAAGCUGAAAGUUCAGAAGUCACUUAGAAAUCAGAUGGAGGUUGACUCCAAUGACCUUGCUUCUAAACCAGCUCUGAUGGCCUCGAUGCUGGACCCUCGUCACAAACACCUCAGCUUCCUUACGCCGUCAGGGCGGCUGGCUGCCAAGGUCAAACUGCAUGAACUGGUUUCAAAGUUGGAUGUCGUAACGAUUCCUGCGAGCACGAAGGAUGAACAGCAGGAGACCCUGGUCACACCUGACAUUAGCCAGGUCGCCGUGCCCUCACAGCUGAGAAGCGACACUAAAAACACCAUGAUGCUGCUCUUGGGUGACAACUACAGCUCCUCCUAUGCCACUGACUCUGAGGCUCAGGUAGAUUACUACUUGAGAGACAUUGCUCCCUCACUGGACAUAAAUCCCCUAGACUGGUGGAGAGUAAAUGGGCCAAGAUUCCCCAAACUGGCAACUCUGGCAAAACACUAUUUGUGCAUACCUGGAGUAUCGCUGCCGUCUAUAUUGUCCGAGUCUGGACAAGCUUUCGCAGCGAUGCGCAUGAGACUGAGCCCAGAGCAUGUGGACAUGAUGAUCUUUGUAAACAGAAAUGCAUAACUUGCAUCCCAACACUGACUUCCUGUAUAAAAUGUUCCAGUACAGCUACAUUGAAACUGUAGGGAGGAGGCGGCUCCAUAAAUGUGAGAGGAUGAGGAACUGGCAGCAGGUAUUCAACCAGCUUUGAGGUUUUUCCUGCUAACUAAACAUCUUCCACUCAAAGAGACAUUUUCUCACGACAGGAGCUGCAGUCCAACAUCUAAUCCUACCUGUAUCUUCCUUGACUGGAUGGCUGACACUUCUGACUUUGCUUACAAUCAGUGGUAAAUUUACAGGGCUGUUUCUAGGGCUGCAACUAACAAAUAUUUUAAUAAUCGAUUAAUCUGUCUUUUUUUGAUUAAUCGGUUAAAAAAAAAAACAACUUUGUAUGACUUGCAGGUUAAAGUCGUCGUUGUUUAAUAUUUAAUGCUCAUAUAAAGAAAGUCGCAGCCUUUCUCCUGCUGCCACUUGGUUUGUUUUCUCUGGCAUUUCGCCAGCAGCCGAGUUAUUUUGCCGUGGCGCUGGGCUGUAAAAUGAGCAGCCCGACUAAUCGAUAAAGGCAAAUCAUUAUGGAUCAAUUUGCGUCAUCGAUUAGUCGAACCGUUGUUGCAGCCCAACAUGUUGUUUAAGUGCUUUUUUAACUAAGCACAGUUUCAAACACAAAUCAUGAACUUCUAAAGUAAUUUAUAAACUAAAUUAAAAGCAGAGGUUUGUUCCUUAGCAUCCUAGUCUCUUAUUUUUAAAAUACAACCACUCUGUGUUGCAACAAUAAUAUUUUGAUUGUAUGAUGACUAUAUUGUGGUUUGAUUAUUGCAAUAUACGAUCUUUAAAAGGAAUUUGAAUGUAAUGGCUUCAGCACUGAACUCUAUUAAAAGGUAAAAGUCUUUGAAUUUCAUAGCACAUUGAAACUGAGCUACUGCUACAACCCAACUAACCAACCUAUUAAACCACUGUUAUUACCAGUGUAAUGUAUAAUGUGUGGUUUAAGCAAAAUAAAAUACAUACAGCUGUA